ACCGUGGCCAACAGCCUCAAGGCCCGGGAGCCGCCCCCUCCGCCGGAGGAUCCCAUGGAAUUCCAGGGCGGAUCCGGUGACCCCGCCGGCAAAUCCCGCCCCAAGGCCACCAUGAACGACUUCGACUACCUGAAGCUGCUGGGCAAAGGCACCUUUGGGAAGGUGAUCCUGGUGCGGGAGAAGGCCUCGGGGCGUCACUACGCCAUGAAGAUCCUGCGCAAGGACGUCGUCAUCGCCAAGGACGAGGUGGCCCACACGGUGACCGAGAGCCGCGUCCUGCAGAACACGCGACACCCCUUCCUGACCGCCCUGAAGUACGCCUUCCAGACCCACGACCGGCUCUGCUUCGUCAUGGAGUACGCCAACGGAGGAGAGGUGGGGUGGGGGCCCCAAUCCUGGGAUUUGGGG